AUGGGCUCCCAAGCACCUGAGCCCAAAAGCCUUCUUGGCUACUACCGCAUCCUAUCGCCAUCAGCCGGAGUCAGGGUCUCGCCCCUGUGUCUCGGUGCGAUGAACUUUGGAGAAGCGUGGAAAGGAUUCAUGGGCUCCUGUGACAAGAUAACCACCUUCGAGAUCCUCGAUUACUUCUUCGAGCAAGGUGGAAACUUUAUUGACACCGCAAACGGCUACCAAGGCGAAGAAUCGGAGGAGUGGCUUGGCGAAUGGAUGGCCUCGCGCAAGAACCGCGAUCAAAUGGUCAUUGCCACAAAAUACACCUCUGCCUACCCUUCCGGCAAAGGCGGCGAGCAGAUCAAGGCCAAUUUUCAGGGUAACCACGCGAAGAGCAUGCAUCUAUCGCUUGACGCAUCACUGAAGAAGCUGCAGACAUCUUACAUAGACCUUUUCUACGUUCAUUGGUGGGACUUUACGACCUCCAUACCCGAGUUGAUGCAGUCUUUGAACCGCGUGAUCCUUAACGGCAAAGUGCUCUACCUCGGCGUCAGCGAUACGCCCGCCUGGGUGGUAGUCAAAGCGAACGAGUACGCGCGCCAGCACGGGCUGACACAAUUCAGCGUCUACCAAGGGCAAUGGAGCGCUGCGGAGCGGGAUUUUGAACGGGACAUCCUACCCAUGUGCCAGGCGGAGGGCAUGGGGCUUGCGCCAUGGGGCCCACUUGGAAGCGGCAGAUUUAAAAGCAGGGAGCAGAGGGAGCGCGAAGGCGAGGAAGGCAGGAAAAUUCCGACUUAUGAGAAGUACGAGAAGGUUACGGAGAAGUUGGAGGCGAUUGCGAAGAAGAAGGGAACCUUGAUCACCAGUGUGGCACUCGCAUAUGUCAUGCACAAAGCCCCCUAUGUGUUCCCAAUCGUUGGCGGUCGCAAGAUUAAGCAUUUGAAAGGAAACAUCGAGGCCCUCAGCCUGGAGCUUUCAGAUGAGGAGAUCGACAACAUCGAGUCCGCUGUCCCGUUCGAUGUCGGGUUCCCCAUGAACAUGUUGUUUGGGCUCCAUGAUCCGAAGUUCAAGUAUAGCACUCGCAUGACGAGCAAGGACAUCAACCUGGUGAAGGAGGGGGCCUACCUUGAUACACCGGAGAAGCCGCGACCUAUCCGACCUCACCAGUUGGAGUAG